AUGGCUAUUACAAAAGAUAGUCCUUCGGCUAAGGUCGAUCCUCCUGGACCACUGAUGAUGAUAAUGCGUCCCGAGGAGACCGUAUCGUCUUUAAUGAGCGAGCUGCGGCAAUCACGCCCUCGUCGACGUCGAAUCACGAUAGGUGGCUCAGAUCGGCGCACCAACGAUGAGCAUGGCUCAACACUGAGUGACCAUCGCGCUCCCAACUCGGUUCCACAACGACCGGGCCCAAUCAGCUCGAAGCACUGUACCCCAGAGCCCGACACAGAGUUGGGUUUCACGCCACGUCAGCAUAUAACGGCAAAGACACAGGCCGUGAGAAGACCCUAUCCUCCAUCGAGCUGGAAAAGUACGUCUACCAUUGAGUCUGUCACAUUGGACAUUGGUGGAGCAUCAAUCCUGGAUGCACCCGAAAAGACAGCCAUCCGGGGUCAAUCGGCCCAGAGAGACGUCGGUCGAGGAGGCGGCAAGGACAAUGUGAUUUUGGAAUUGUUGGUCGACACGGUCACCGCAGCUAGUGGAAGGGCGCAAUCAGAGAACCGCCUUGCGGUAGACAAGCCUGCUCGAACAUCGUCCGGUCGCCAAUAUACAAUACGCUCGUCCCGUUGCGCUGAGCCGGCUGGAAUGGACUUCUCUGAAGCUAGCAGCGACACAUCAUCACCCGCUAACGAUCGGAUCGUGACCGGGAAAGCUCCACUGCCUGAUCCUGAAGUAGCCUAUGCACAAGCCUUUCACUACACCACAUGCCCUCAUGUCUCACCUCCAAAGUCUCGGCCUCUAAACGUGCAGCCUGCUUUGGUUCCACAUCAUAAAGGUCUACUUUGGCGCCGACCUCUGGACGUGCAAGGAUUACGGGUCGACCCAGGGACUGCUCCGCCAGAUAUCUACGUACUUGGUGGAGCUUGUUUCGAUUGUGACCUCUCAGCACGUCGGCAAGCCGAGUCGGGCAUUCUCGAAACGUACACUUACAAGCUCGAAAACCUUACCGUUCAGCUGAGUCUGCUGCAACAUGAUAUUGCCGCCGAACAUUCCGGGCCGUCACCAAACCGGGAGAAUGGUGCCUUGACCGCGUUCACUUUGCCCUCUACGCUAGAGCUGAGCACAGAGGCAACUCAGGGUAUCCUGGAGAUUGAGGAGCAGCUGAGCGAGUUGGUCAAGAAGCGCGACGAGGAUAUCAGGCAAGUCUGGAGUGGUUUCACGGCUCGCUGGGGACCGGGGACAGUCCGGAUCCAACGCGAUGAGAGCAACAGCACCCCGGGUCGAGCCGAAAGCCCCUUGACGACCAGAACCUCCAGCUCGACAAACAGCUUUGGUGUUCCAUCCGCUAACACAACUCCUGAAGAAGUUCCGGCGAUGGCUUCCAAAAUAUCGAGGGGCGCGAUCAAACCUGUUUCGCCAAGUCGACAAAGCAGCUUCACAGCUCGAACAAGAGCGAGCUCCAUACAAGGACGGUAUUCAGACGGUAGCCGCAAUGUCACUGUUGAGUCGUCAGUGGAUAGCAUCAAGGGAAGAGGACGCAUGCUGGUUGAUUGGAUUCGACCUGGACGCAGUGAGAGCAAGGCAGGAGGCGGAAAGCAGGCUCACAGGAGAAAAGGCAGUCGGCAAGGCAGUCAAGCUGACAAUGGCGCCUAA